AUGGGUUCGUGUAGUUCGAAUGUUCGUUAGAAGGUCUAAAAGAAUUCUGAAAUUAGGUAAUUCAGUUAGCUAGACAUUCGUCAUUUUUACAAAUUGGGAUAAGUUAUUGGUCGUGGGAAUUUUGCUACAGUUUAAAUUGGUUAUAAGAUAGAUUAGGAUAAGAAUGGAUUCAAAGGAAAGUGUUAUGCUAUAAAAUGUAUAGAUAAAUAGAGGAUAAGUGUUGAGUAGAUUUAAAGAGAGUUAGAGAUUUUAUCAAGAUUAGAUCAUCCUAAUAUAAUUAGAGUGUAUGAGGAGUAUGAAGAUUUAAAUCAUUUCUACUUUGUGAUGGAGUACUGCAAAGGUGGAGAACUCUUAUAAUAAAUCUUAAAUCAUGGACCAUUAAGUGAAAGAAUGACGUAAAUAAUUAUGAGAUAAUUAUUUUCUGCUGUGGGGUAUUUACAUGAAAGAGGAAUAAUUCAUAGAGAUUUAAAACCUGAGAAUUUGAUGUUAGCAAAUGCUGAUGGAGAAUUUGAUAUCAGAAUUAUUGACUUUGGAUUGAGUAAGCGCGAACAAAUUAUAAAAAAGCCAUAACAAUAGAGAUCCAAAUGCAGACAUUAAACCAAAGUUGGAACUCCUAUUUAUGUGGCUCCAGAAGUGUUAAAAGGAGUGUAUUCUGAGACAUGUGAUGAAUGGUCUUUAGGUUGCAUUAUGUAUGUUCUAUUAUUUGGAGAGCCUCCAUUUAGUGGAUAGAAUAUUCAUUAAUUGGAAUAAUAAAUAAACAAACCUAAUCUCAAGUUCAAAUUAAAUAUAUCAAAUGAAUGUUAGGAUUUAAUUACUAAAUUAUUAGAACCUAAUCCAAAUAAGAGAAUAACAUGUUUAUAAGCACUUAAACAUACAUGGAUGAUACGUGAUUCUAAUUAAUAUAGGAUGUUGACAACAAUGUAAAGUGAAGAAAAUAGUUUAGAAAUUGAGAGAAUAAUUGAAUUACUUAGAUAAUAUAGUGAGAGUACUUAAUUUAAGAAAGAAGCAUUGAAAAUUCUAUUAUCAUAAUUAACAGAUUUAUAAUAGAAACAUUUAAAAUUGAAAUUUGAAGAAUUGGAUAGGGAUAAUAGUGGAACUAUUAAAGAAAUUGAAUUUCAAGAAUUCUUAGAAUAAUAAGGCAAGACUAUAUUAUUAAAGUAAUUACCAAUAGAAAAAUUUAGUAAAAAUGAUUAAGGGUUUUAUAUUUCAUAUACAGAUUUUAUGGCUGCCUUACUGAAUCAACCAUUUUAUUUAAGUCAAGAUAGAUUAGAUAAUCUAUUCAUUUGGUAUGAUGUUAAACAUAGACAAUAUAUUUCAAAGAAUGAUUAUGGAAAUGCAAUGAGUAGAAAAGGAGUAGUAAUUAGUAAGGAGAAGAUUGAGGGGAUAUUUUAAGAAUUGAAUUUAGGAUUGAUUAGAUAUGAUCAAUUUAAAUAAGUCAUGACUUACAAUUCAAUUAAGUAGAAGAAUAGAAUUAUAAGUGAAAAUAAAUAAAAGAAUGGAUUAAAGUUUAUAAAGAUGAUUCCAUGUGUUGGUGAUGAUUGUAAAUUUUUAUGAUUUUUUAUUAAUUAUAUAAAAAACGGGUAUGAAUAGAAUUGGAUUUGGAUUGUUAUGUAUAAUGUUAGUGACAGCUAGCAGUAAUGUGAUGUUACAGACAGCAGAUCAUAGUGCAUUUAUUGAAGUGUUUAAAACUUAUGUAAUGAGUGUUGGUUUACAAGGAAAUAGUCAAAAUAAAGUGAAUUCGGUGGUAGAUUAUAUGGAGAGUUAUUGAUGAUGGUUCAGAAAGGUGAAACAUUAUAGAGUCUAAAUGAUCACGUUGAAGAGUUGAGAAAGCAUUUGGCAGAUGAUGAAUCAGAGGAUGAGAAAUAUUUCAAUGAAAAAUAAUAAGAAAUGGAAGCUACAUUUUCAGGAUUAGCAAAUGAAGUAGAAGAANGUGUUAGGAUUUAAUUACUAAAUUAUUGGAACCUAAUCCAAAUAAGAGAAUAACAUGUUUAUAAGCACUUAAACAUACAUGGAUGA